AUGACUGAAGGGUUACCGGAGGGUGAGGAGGGGGACGGGGCGGCCCGCGCAUGCGCGCGAGGGUGCGCGACGGGCCACUGCGCAGCGUGCGGCGAGACGCCGGCGUCAGUGCAGUUGUCGGCGGCGAGCGAGGCAGCGGUCACCGGCUGUGGCAGAGCACCGACAGCCGCGGCGGCGGGUGGCACGAGGACAGGAGAGCCAGCCGCCAUGCAACUGCCCGGCCUGUGCAGCUGUGGAGUGAGCCGCAGCACGGCGCGCCUGCUGCUGCUGCUCUUCUUCUACCUGCUGUUCCUCGUGCUGGGCGCCGCCAUCUUCUCGGCCAUCGAGGCUCCCGAGGAGGCGGGCCGCGUCAAGGAGCUGCGGCACCUGCGCUCCCAGUUCCUCGUCAAGCACCAGUGCGUGCCCGACGCCGACCUGGAGGCCCUGCUACAGGAGGUGGUGGCGGCCAGCAACAGGGGCGUAUCUGCCACGCGCAACGUGUCCGGCGAGCCCAACUGGAGCUUCGGCCAGUCGCUGUUCUUCUCCACCACCGUGGUCACCACCAUCGGCUACGGACAUGUGACGCCGCUGUCGAAGGGUGGCAAGAUCUUCUGCAUGGUGUACGGCGUGCUGGGCAUCCCGCUGACCCUGGUGUUGCUGACAGCGCUGACUGAGCGGCUGAUGGUGCCCACCACGGCGCUGCUGCGGUGCCUCAACUCCCGCCUGGGGCACCUCUACCAGCCCUUCAACAUCCGCCUGCUACACCUGGCACUCAUGGCGGCCUUCUUACUUGGGACCUUCAUGCUCGCGCCAGCCGCCGUAUUCUCGGCGCUCGAGCCCGGCUGGGACUUACUCGACUCCUUUUACUACUGCUUCAUCUCUCUCACCACCAUCGGCCUGGGCGAUUACAUCCCAGGCGACUCCUACAACCAGCCGUACCGCCCUGUCUACAAGGUCGCCACCACAGUGUACCUGCUGGUGGGCCUCACCUUCAUGAUGCUGCUGCUGACGGUGUUCUACGACAUCCCGCAGCUCAACUUCGGACUGUUGUUUGCGAUGCGCUCCGACGAGACGACGGGCGACCCGGAGAAGGUGCGGCUGCAGACCCCAGGCGCCGUAGGACCCAAGUACACGCAGCAGCUGGACGACACCGGCGGUCGCCGCGCCGUCGUGAGGGUCAAGUCGCGUCGCGAUGACUCCCCCAGCCCCGAAGACACCACCCCCGUCCACGCACGCCCCUAAGCGGGCCAUCCCUCCUUCCCUGAGCGUGACAUAUGUCCCACUUUACCUGUCAUGGUUAUUUUCCCAAAGAAUUUAGGAAAAGAAGAUUUUUACAACAGGCAUCUGUCAUAUGGUCCAUGACUCUGCUGAGCGAGAUAACUGGUAAACAUCGAGAAUUUUUGACGAUCCAAGAUGUGAUUUGUAAUACUUAUUUUUGUAUUUUGGACUUAAUUUUACUUUUCCCUAAAUGUAUUCAUCUGUUUCAAGAAAAACGUUCUCACUAUUCUUUCAAAUAACUAUGAUACUCUUGUAUCUAAGGUAGUGACCAGGUAAUUAAACUUGGUUUCAUAUCACCAAGUCUGAAGCAUGUUGCAAUCGAGGAUUACAAGUUGUGUAUCACCCAUAGUCAUCCUUCAACUAUGUCGUACAAUGUGCUGUCUCAUUUAAGAUAUAAUUCUUUAGAAAUACAUAGUCAGAUAUCAUUUUUAACACGAUGCACAAAAAUACAUCAGUUGAAACUAAGAGUAAAAACAGUAUUUUCAUUGGCACACACAUUAAUCACAGAUUGCUUACUGUAGCUUAUUACCUCGCUCCAAUGAAAUUUUUGUAUCUACGAUGUAGUGACCAACCUACUGUCGUAAGUAGUUAGUUGUAAUAUAUGGUACAAUUUUUGUCAGUAUACAUUCUGUGUGGAUACAUUCAUGUGCUCUCUUCAUUUGGUAGUUUAUGAUAUUUUCAGUUAGAGAUUUUACAUAUACAUGGGAAAAUAUUGUAUGCCAUAACGUAAACAAUGACAAAAGCUUAAAAAUAUCAAGUCUAUUCUCUCAGUUUGCCUUCCUGCUGAAGUACCUUGUCUUAUGGUUACGUUGCAAGGGUAGCACUACUGAUAGAGCAACUGAAUCAUUUCUUUCACCAGCCCUUCUCUUGCUCCAAACUGUCAAGGCGAGCUACGCCAUUGUCACUUCGAGAAGGAACAUGCUCUGUAAUCUUCAUGUUUAUGAUAUUGUGCUGUUAUUUCUUUUUGAAAACUUAUAUUCUAAUUAUUAGCUCUAUGAGGUAUCAACAAUAGCUUGACGCCACUCCCGCUGCCUGUUUUUAGCUUUUAUUUAAUUAUUAAUAAUGUGAAAUAUCUCAGGGGUUUUACGGGGGUUUGGCCUCGUGGCUGCAGGCAGGAGCGCGUCUCGGAGUUUGAAAAAAUGUUCAGAAGUUACCUGGGCUGUUCAGGCCACCCAGGACGCCUUGUAAAUGAAUGGUAAACGAUUUAUAGGACACUGCACUUUAUUCAGUAUCAAUACACUCAUACGCCCCGAGACUGGCCGCGUCCGUUGUCGGACCGCUAUGACACGCGUAUCUCUAAACGUGACGGUUCGCGCGACCAAGAUAGAUUGCAAAGUUAUAUUGACAAGCUGAAACCGUGGCUUCACGUCCCUAUGGAAGGUUUAGCAUGUAAAUGAAUGGUUAUUGCCACAACUUAGGCUGGCACGUAAAUACGUAGAAAAGAUCCUAUGCUCAGGAUAGUUUGCAGUCUAGCCUGCUACGAGAUUAACGUCUCUGAAAUUACGUGGGCACGCCGACUGAAGACGUACACGUAAAAGUUCCUUACACAUAAAAGUUAGUCACUUAAUUACACGUUACACUUUGCACAAUAAAACGGAGAAAGUUACAAGACGAAAGUUAGUCAGUGUUAUUCUCAACACUUAUUACUGAGGAUCUACGACGAUAACGAUUAAUUGGCUCAUUAGCCGGAAACUGCGUACCACUACUACGCGGUCCUUAAACUGGACAUGGAUUACGUAUGAAAAGUAAAGUUCCCUGGUGGGAAGAAUUUAAAUUAAUUAAGAGCCGCACGAAAUAUCGUGCGACUGGGUUGGGGUCGGCGCCGAGUUAAUUAAAAGGUUUCCGAAAACUUACACUAUUGCUGAAAUGUUGAAGAGAUGCUAGAGCUGAUGACCCGACGUUCGCGAAGCGUCCGACCCCUUCGAGCCCCGAACGGUAACUGAGCGCGAGACCGCCCUGCGGCCUCGCGCCUAACCACGUGAAACGCGGGAAAACCGACCUGGCCAGUUUUGGACUUAAAGACAAGUUACAAAAUAUAUGCUUAUAAAACAAUUAGACAUAAUUUCCCUUACAUGAAUCCUCUUUUAAAUUGUUAUUAAUUUAGUGGUUUAAACUUGACAAAUAAUUAUAUAUAAUUAGUUAGGCACAUUGCCACACCCGGCCGGGCGCUGUCGUCGCCGCGGCGUUCGUCGCGGUGCACUUUCUUACACUUUGUGAAGAUCACGCUCGGGCGUGUUCGACGCACUUCGGAGCCAGUGUUGUUGUGGCAUAACGACCUUUGCGGACCAGAGGGAGCACCGGCGGUUGGCGUCAAGCUUUCCAAUCUUUCUUUUACGCCAUCUUGGUUUCAACAUUUUUUUUAAGGUGUAACAGUUUUUUAUAGUUUAAUAAUGAAAAUGUUCCUUUGUUGAAGCAGAGAACACAAAAAGAGAUUUUCCGAGCCUAUAAAAUAGUGCCAGUUAAUUGUAUUAUUACAGUUGUCUGUAGCAGCCACUCUAUUUUAUUAUGUAUGUACUAUGCUUCAUCAGGGUCGUAAUGGCCGAAACACAAAUGGCAUCUUUGGUUCUCUUGCGCCUCCCCCCUUAUUAUAUAAAAAGACUUUACUGUUGACAUACAAGUUACACUAGGCCAUAAGUCUACACUUCAAUAAGGGUCCAAAGUUAGGUCCUGUAGUUUUUGAGAUAUUACAUUGAAUAGUUCAUUUGUAUUGCUGGCAGUGGACAAUUUUUAAAAAAUUCUUUUUGGUGGGGUAUGAUACUCUUUUUGCUGAAAUAAUAAUAGCACAGUAGACACGACACAAUGGACGCGAUGCGACAUGUGAUACAGUAUACAACAAACAAAAAAAUUCUAGUUUAAAAGGUUUCUUGCCCAUAUUUUUUCACUUUAAGUAUGAUAGCCAUCAAUGUUUACAAUGUUUGAUUUGACCUGUUUAGAGUAACAAUUCAAAUUUUAUAUUUAUUCAGAAAAAUCAUUUUUCCUGAACAUUAACUAAUUUUACAAAUGAAUUUGGUACAAAAAGAAUACACUCAAUAAAUUGUACUAAAAAUGCAUUAAUUUUAACUAUCAUUUAAAAACAAAAUUCUAAUGCUCAUUUCAGUAACAUGCACUUGCUAUGCAAAUGGGUCUUUUUCGAAUUGUAAAAUCUGUCGUGUCAGCCGAUUUCAUCGCACUGACAGCACACGGAUAAUGAACGUGAGAGAUUAUAAAAUAUUAUUCACGUCUUAUCCAUAGCUUCAGGCUAUUGUGAAUCCAGCAUUACUUUCCGGAAUUUCUCAAAUAUCUUACCUUGUGAGCACAUUUUGACUUCCAGUGGCCCGACAAUCCAGUCUUGAAAACCACUGCCCUCUUGUACUUAAGCGAACUACUAGUUGUAGGAGCUGGCAGCACCGUCACCUCCUGUUCUCUCCCUCUGAUUCUCAGCCGGAUAGGAAUUCGUCACAGAUAGAAAUAAAGGAUUCAGCAUAAGACUGGUAAAGUAGUUUUGUAUUUUAGAGUUGUUUAAAGAUGAGCAAUUUUCACUUUUAUUUAGUAAAAUAAAAAUAGGAGAUAUGAUUCUAAACGAGUGUGAUGUCUGCAUGAAGUUUCUUUCCCCAGGAACAUCAAAACAAAGCAAAAAUACAUGUAAACAUUAUGAACCAAAUUAAAUAAAACAUAUUAUUUAUAACUUAUGUAAUUAAAAUACAUGAUCCAUAACUGGCCAAAAUGACAAAAAAAUGUAAUUUAAACAAAUGUGGAGGCUACUGCAAUUUUAAAAGUCGCACACACAUUUCCUUUCAAUGGCCAUUCUACAUAAGCCUAUUUAAUUAUUAAAGUGGAGUCCAUGAACCAUAACUACACUAGUCCAGUAAUCAUGUUAAUCCAACAAAUGAUAAAUUUAAAAAAAAAAAAUCAACAAUUAUGAUGUUUGUUGACUUGCAAGGAUUUUUCUGACGAAAAAUGCACAGAAAUGGUUAAGUCUGGCAUCUGUAUUUUUCCAGUCUCUGAGACUGUCAUUCUCCACCCAAAAUUACACAGACAAUUUUGCAGCACAUUCCUAUUUGUCUAAAUAUUUUAAGGUAAAUGUUUUAUGCUUCUGUUUGCUAUUCAUUUUGAAAUUAAAACAAAAAUUAUUCAGUGACGUAAGCUUCUCGGCACUCAAGCGAUCUUGAGAACUGAUACAAACAGUUGAAUGAAUGACUGUCAACUCAGGCGUAGGGUGCCAUCACCCACAAAGUGUGCAUUUCACACCAUCAGCAACUCCACGUAGGUUACAAAAUGCUUUGCUUGUUACUGCACUGCUGAAAGGAUGUUGAUCAAUCCAAAAACCAAACAGGCUUUGGCAGUGAUAGUUUUUUUAUUAUCUGAAAUCCACUGUACUACUUGGUUUAGGAGAGAAAAGAUUAUUUCCUUACAUACACAUGUUAUUUAUGUUUGUGAGUGGCGUGUAAGAAUAUGUUAAAUUAGCUUUUAGUUUAAAUCUUUGCUUCCUGAGGAGUUUUAUUAAUACAGGAGAGGUUUUUUUUUAUUUUACCCUUCAAAUAUUUCAGCACACACACGCUGCAAGGGAAUUGCGAAGGAAUUACUCACACAGAAAGAUUGAUUAUACUGGUAUUCCCUCAUCUGCCAAUGCAACAAACAUUUUUUAUAAAUACAAUUAAUUGUCAUUUGAAUUAACAAAAGGUUUUUUUUUAAAAAAAAAAAAAAGAGAAAUAAGACUAUAUCCACAAAAAUAUAUUUACACUUAACAUCAGAAUGCUGUUUAUUUGUGUGAGGCAAGUUGUUUUGGUGAAUAUGUGGGCAAGCUGGAAAACAUCAUGCCAGAACAAUAAGUUAUCACUUGAAUGAGAAAUUACUAUUAGCAGUUAUAAGUACAUUGUAAAAUUGACAGAAAUUAAUUUAAUAAGUUAGCUAAACACAAUAAACCUACAUGUAUAUCAUAAAUUUUGUAACCAUGUUGACAAGCCCUAUAUUCAGAGAGCCACUGCUCAUAAACUGAAUCUAUUGGGUGCUAAGAAAAUAAAUAAAUAAAAAAAAAACUUAAGACAAUAAAUCCUUGUCAGUUAAUCAGCAAAUAGCAAUAAAGAGUGACAAUGAUGAAACAAAAAAAAAGUAAUCUUAUCAAAAAGAACAAAAAGGUUCUUGACUACGAUUAUUAUUUGCUGUAUUUGUGGUUUUACGUUCUUUUCUACAAUUACAUAUUAAAAUAUUUAUUUUACAUUUUACUGCUAGAAUCUAAGAUUUGUGGAUUCCUAUGGUUGAAACAUUUUGUAUUUCCUGUGUUUUUCAUUUGAUAGCAUUCUAUCUUUAGAUUUUGGUUAAGUCACAUUAGACAAUGGAAAACACCCAGUUUCUUUGAUACUGAUAUGUAUGUCACAACUGCAGUUAAAAUUUAAGGAUGACAUUGAAAAUUGAUUUUUGGGUAGUAAGAGCCAAACACAAUUUUCAGUGAGCUGCAUAAAUUAACUUCUACCACUACUAUAAUGUACUGUGUUUGUAUUUCUUCAAAUUCUAGGUUCUCUGUGACAAGUGUACUAGAGUUAAAUGAAUAGUAUCAAAAAAUAUAUAUAUUGAGUGUGGUUACAAAUAUAAAUGUACACAUUCUCAGUAUGUACAUAUUUGCUUUUGGCUGAAAUCAAUGUAAUGUACUAGCUACAUUUCUAAGGUCAAAACACUUUGAAAAUCUUUACAUGGCAUGUUGUCAGAGCGGCUCCUGUUUCUAUAUUAAAUUGUAUCACUUGCCUGUUCUUACUGUUCCUAAUAUCCAGAGGUGAGCUGAAUCCACAGACAUCAGAAAUGUCAAAAAAGAUAGGUUCUUCACUGUCAUGCGUUAAGGUUGGAUUUCACGCCAUGUAGUCUUUUUUUUUCUCAUUUCUUGUCAUUACUGUUAGUUAGGCCUGUGCAAAAUACUACUUUUUGAUGUGAAGCGAAUAUCAAAUCAAUUGUUUAAAAUAUUUGCAAAGUCAAAUUGAAUUGUGAAUAUUGAUCUCAGCAAAGCUGUAUUACACAUAUUUUUAAAAUAUAUUAUUGAAGUAAAAAUAUCAUAAUUAAAUAAUGUUUGAAAUGUUUUAAUUGAAUAAAUGAUUAACCGAUUGGGCCCUAUAUAUAACAUCAUUCAGUAAAAAUGAUACAAUAACCAUGCAUAAUAUUAAUAUUCAGCAUUCAUAAAAUAAAAUGGAGUUCCUUCAUUUGAUUUUUUUUUAAAGUAACCAACAUAUAUACAACACAAAAAAAAGGAAUUUUCAUAAGCGAAUCUUAGGCUUCCACUGUUUUAAAGCUCAAAAAGAUUUGCAUCAGAACCAAAGCUUCAAUUGAUUUGCUUAGUCGAAGCUUCACACAAGCCUACUGUUAGUUUAGAGCUAUUUCCUGUCUCAAAUAUUUUCAGUCGUUAUUCACCAAGUACAAUCCAGUGAGUGUGAAUUGUUGCGCAAGUGAUGAUAAUGACAAAACACUACGAUGACUUUUGACACCCAUGAUAUUACACUUAUUGAAUUUCUAUUCAUAAUAUUUGUUACAUAAAAAAUGCAAAGAAUAGAUUUAAAUUGACAGAAAUAGCCCUUAACUAAUAGUAAUUCCGAGAAAAUGAAGAAAAAAAAAUCAACAUGGUGUAUGAAACCCAAGGGAAUUAACAUUUAGAAUAAAGAAAUUUAUUAUAAUUUUCAUAAUUAGAAUUUUAAAAAAAUUAACUAUCAAUCAACAAUGGACAAUUGUAAAACUUUGGCUAUCAUGUAGUUGAUAACUACAUCUUUAUACCACACAAGUAUUCCUCAUAUGACAUGCAUGCUUUUCCAUCACAAUACAAAAUUGCCAGUUGCUCUUUGCACUUGAAACUAUGUAGUUUUGUUUCAAUGUUUAACUAUGAAUGAAACAUCGAAGCCCGAAAUAUCACUUUAUGACCAACAUAGGUACAAAUAAACUCAUCUUAGAUUAUGCACCGACAAUCACGUCACACCUGCAAGACUAAGGAAUUUCACGAAAACACCAAAAAUGCUGCAAAAUUAUCGGUAAGCUGGCAUUGUAACACAAGUUCUAUGUAAUGCACUUCCCUCCUAGUCAUCAUUUGGAGAUAAAAUAAAUUUAUAAUAUUUGAAAGUUUGCAGAAGUCAUAAUAUUUAUUCUGUUACUGUUAGAAUAUUCUACAUUAGAGAAUUUAUUAAUGUUGCAAGUAAUUCACCUGUUCCAUUUAUGACCUGUUAUGUGCAAAGAGAAUAUAUAUAUAUACAUAGAUACAUGUAUUGAUUGUAAAAUGUGUAUGUAAAUGUUUUGUGUGUUAAGUUAUUUUAUCGACACACUAGGAAGUACAUGUGUUUUAAACAUUACUGUGUAAAUCUAUUACAGAUGUUUUUUUUUGUUUAAAAAUGUAAAAAUUACAUUUUGUUAAAAAGCAUUUUAAUGAAUAAAAUUUGAGGUCAAACCUU